CGGAGAGAAGAAUCAACGCAUGCGCAGUGUUCAGAUUACUGUUAGUGUCCCGGUAACGGCCUCGGUGCCGCAUAAUGUCUUUGCACGGUAAACGGAAGGAGAUCUACAAAUACGAGGCACCAUGGACGGUAUAUGCUAUGAAUUGGAGCGUGAGACCAGACAAAAGGUUCCGCUUGGCACUGGGGAGCUUCGUGGAGGAAUAUAACAAUAAGGUUCAAUUGGUAGGGCUGGAUGAGGAAAGCUCAGAAUUUAUUUGCAGAAACACUUUUGAUCACCCGUAUCCUACAACAAAGCUUAUGUGGAUUCCUGAUACAAAGGGAGUGUAUCCAGAUCUGCUAGCCACCAGUGGGGACUAUCUGCGAGUUUGGAGGGUGGGAGAAACUGAAACCCGUUUGGAAUGUUUACUGAACAACAACAAGAACUCAGACUUCUGUGCCCCCUUAACCUCCUUUGAUUGGAAUGAAGUUGAUCCAAAUCUUCUAGGGACAUCUAGCAUUGAUACAACAUGCACCAUUUGGGGACUGGAGACUGGACAGGUCCUGGGCAGGGUCAACUUGGUGUCUGGGCAUGUAAAGACACAACUCAUUGCACAUGACAAAGAGGUGUAUGAUAUAGCUUUCAGCCGAGCAGGUGGAGGUCGGGACAUGUUUGCCUCUGUGGGAGCAGACGGGUCUGUGCGAAUGUUUGACUUGCGCCACUUGGAGCACAGCACCAUUAUCUAUGAGGACCCUCAGCAUCACCCCCUGCUCAGACUGUGCUGGAACAAGCAGGACCCCAACUAUUUGGCCACUAUGGCAAUGGAUGGCAUGGAGGUGGUGAUUUUAGAUGUCCGUGUACCCUGCACUCCAGUGGCUAGACUCAACAACCACCGUGCCUGUGUAAAUGGCAUUGCAUGGGCCCCACACUCCUCCUGCCACAUCUGUACUGCAGCUGAUGAUCACCAGGCCCUAAUCUGGGACAUACAGCAGAUGCCACGAGCCAUUGAGGAUCCGAUUCUGGCCUAUACAGCAGAGGGAGAAAUUAACAAUGUGCAGUGGGCAAGCACUCAGCCUGACUGGAUUGCUAUAUGCUACAACAACUGUCUGGAAAUUCUGCGAGUCUAAGGCUGUUUAUUGUAAUCUUUUCCAUCUCCUACUUUUAUCUCACAUAGUGGGGUUUUUAUACUUCCAGAACACCUCUUUCUCUCCCUUCUAAUGUCCUAAAGAAAACUAUCCUGCUGGAUAUCGGGCCUUGUUCACCAGGUAGUGCAAAAUCCCAUCACUGUCAUUAGUGGUGCUCUUUUCAGCCCGAGAAAAGGGUACUAUAUCACAUUAUUGCAACAUAUGGAUAUUCUUUGUUUAUGAGUUAGCACUGCUUGGUAAGUUUUAGCGCAAGGGAGAACUGAUUAUAAUGUACUCCCCUUUUUUCUGUUAUAUUUUUAUUUCUGUGUAGUAUCUGCUAGUUUUAUUUUAUAUCCUUUAUGUGUAUGUAGGUAAUGAUAUUUUGAGGGGGAGGUUUGCAGGCUGCCAUAUUUGUGUGUAUUUGUAACUUGUUUUGUUGUUCUAUCGUAGUGAAAAUUUAGCCCCUUUCCUACAGUGACCAGUGGUAGCAGAAAUAAGGGUCCAGCCUUCCUUGAGUACAGGCCAGUUAUUCAGAUAAGGCUCUCCCAGGUAUACUUCUCAUACAGUCCCUUUUUAAGCUGCAGCCAUUCUUGCAGGUGAGGGAAAAUUAAUUACAUUUACCUUUUGAUCUGUUUUUUGCUUGUGAUAACUGAAGUGGUCAGCCAUUUUGAUUAAAAUAAACUUGGCCUGGUUUAUAGUG